UCACCACUGCCGCCGUCUGUGAAGUCGACGACGUCUUAAUGAAGCUUCGGCGUUGAUCCAGCCACUACCGCUUCUUCUUUCUUUUCGGACGACUCACUCUAAACACCUUUUCCAUUCCUCCUUCCAUCCUUCGCGAAGGGGAAUUCCGACAAUCGCAUAGCAUCAUGGCUCUCCCACUUCCGCUUCGCUCAACACGGAUUCUCAAACUCCUUCCGUUCCUCUCAAUCCUCUGCGUCCUCGUCGGCGUAACAUGGCUGCUCCUACUCCCACUCGACGAAUACUCCCGGAACACCUACAUCUCCGAAAACGCACUCCUCCCCGGAGGUGUCCACACGUACUUCGCGGGCUCCGAACAGAAUGUCUUCCGCGCAUACCGACAUGAGGUCAAGGUGCUGAGGAAUGCUACGAAUGAUGAGAUGGUGAACGUGAUUGGCGGCAUUUUCAAGGGACAGGGUCUCAAGGUGGCUACGCAGAAGUUCCGGUAUGAGGCCGGAGGUGAGGUAUACGAGGGCGAGAACGUAUAUGCAGUCCUUGAAGCGCCUCGAGGAGACGCCACGGAGGCCGUAGUGCUCGUGGCACCAUGGAUCAACGGUGAAGACCAGCUGAAUCAGAGCGGCGUUGCGCUGGUAAUGGCUCUCGCGCGGUACUUUAAGCGAUGGUCACUCUGGUCCAAAGACGUGAUAUUCCUGAUCACCUCUGACGCGCGCGCUGGCCCGCAAGCCUGGGUUGACGCUUACCACAAUACGCACUCCUCGAAUGUCGCCAGUCUCCCGUUAACCUCCGGUGCUAUUCAAGGCGUCGUGGUGCUCGACUACCCCACCACCAAUCCCUGGGACCGCAUCCACGUCGUCUACGACGGCGUCAACGGCCAGCUUCCGAACUUGGACCUCUUCAAUACCGCCGUACACAUCUCCGGCCACCAGAUGGGCGUGCGCGCUAGUCUUCAGGAGAUGUUCGCGCACUCGGACUCCUACGAGGACAGACUACGGACUAUGCUCCGGGGGAUGGUUAACCAGGGGUUAGGACAUGCAACGGGUCCUCACAGCAGCUUCAUUCCGUACCAUAUCGAUGCUAUUACCCUACAGGUUAGCGGGAUCGGACAGCAUGAUGAAGUCACCAUGGGAAGAAUCCUCGAGAGCUUGUUCAGGAGUUUGAACAACCUCUUGGAGCACUUUCAUCAGAGUUUUUUCUUCUACCUGCUGCUGGCACCAAAGAAGUUUGUCAGUAUUGGAACGUAUCUACCCAGUGCUAUGCUCAUCGCGGUCAAUUUUACGAUUACAGCGAUUGGAUUGUGGAUUCAGAGUGGGCAGAGACCGUCCAAAGAACCGGUAGAGGAGGCCAUUGUGUCUGAGGAGAAGCAGGCCGAUAGCAAGAGCAACUCGGAUGAGAAGGAAGCCCUCCUCAAGAUCUUGCCCGUCUCCGUAACAACAGACGAACACGAACGCCACCUCGUCCUACCUAUCGCAUUCAUCCUCUUCGUCCACUUCCUCGGCUUCAUACCUCUCUACGUCUUCAACACUUUUCCCACGCCCACGCUCUCCCCAAUCUUCUGCGCAUUCACAACCAUCUCCCUCGUCCUCCCCUUCUUCCUCUCCUUCAUCCUCCACACCCUCUUCAAGCCAACAGUGCAGGACUACACCCUAAUCAAAUGCUUCUCGCUGCUCAUGCUGGGUCUAUUCCUCUCAGCCCUCGCAACUCUAAACUUCUCGCUCAGCUUCCUAAUCGGAUUGUUUUCCACGCCCUUCACGUUUGCCGCUCCGCAGCAGAAAUCGAAAUGGUGGUUGGCGGUGCUGAUGGAAAUCGCGCUGCACGCGUUGGCACCGACGACCGCGCUGGUGGGCGUCGCCGUGUACUGGAGAGAGGAUCUUUCGAGGAUCCUGGCUGAGGCCGCGUUUGGGUGGGCAGUCUGGGGCAUGUGGACGCAGGUAGUCGUGUGGUGUGUUUGGUGGCCCGCGUGGGUCGUUGCUAGGGUUAGUGUGGCGGGAACGUGGUGGGACAUGGGGAAGUCUGUGGAGACGGUGAAGCGGUAGUGACGGAUGGGUGGGAUUUCAUAUAAUACUCUUAUCGAUCGAUCUUGUUUAUAGAGCUGGCGGAAUACCCUUUGCGGAUGUGCAUACGUUGUAGAGAUGGCUUAGAUAAUCACAAAAGCUGGCAUCCUUCGUCAAGACUCAC